AGUAGCAGACCGGCUGCAGGAAAUUCCACAUAAAUGUAUAUAAUUAACUUGCAAUGAAUACUUUAUCAUUGGUUUUAAUACUAUACGUAAAAGUUUGUUUGAUAUCAUGCCAAUCUCAGUGUAUAAAAUUUAAAAGCUGCAGUGAAUGUAUUACCAGCACGGAUGAGAUAUGUGUUUGGUGUUCAGCGAAAGAUCAUAUCGGUCAUAGAUGUCAUUCAGAAAGUGUAGUAGACUGGUGUAAGGAGCCUGUAUAUGAUCCUAAGGGAUACGUUAUAUCUGUAUUAAGUGAGCCCUUUAACGAUGGAAAGGAAGACGCACGAGUAGUACAGCUGAUGCCACAAGAAAUGAAAAUUAAAGCUCGGAUUAAUGUUCCUUUCAAAUUUGAUAUGUAUUACAAGCCAGCGAAAGAUUAUCCUCUGGAUGUCUACUUUUUAUUUGAUUCAUCGGUCACAAUGAAAGCUUAUAUAGAUAUUCUUCAAAAACAAGGCACAGAGAUCUAUGAGGGACUGACAAAUAUUACCAACAACGUCCAAUUAGGUGUUGGCAGUUUUAUCGAGAAGCCCAGUUUACCUUUUGUUUCCAUCCCAACACAGACAUCGCACGCUUUUAAGAACUACUUGAAGUUAACCAACAAAACGGAAUUAUUCAAAAAAGCUUUGCUUGAAGUUGAGAUCGGUUCUAACAAUGACAUUCCCGAAGCAACUUUAGAUGCUUUGAUGCAAGCUAUGGUCUGUGAAAAUCACAUUGGGUGGAGAAAUGGAUCCCAUCGCAUUAUACUUGUUGGUACUGAUGCUAAUUACCACUCCGCGUACGAUGGUAAAUUUGUUGGUGCAAUAAUACCCCACGAUAUGAAGUGCCAUUUGGAUAAUAAUAUUUAUGACAAAGACUCCCUUAAAUUUGACUAUCCAUCCGUAAGUCAGAUCAAUAAAAUAGCAUCGGACGGAAAAAUAAUGAUUAUAUUCACCGUACCAUUACCGUGGAAAGGAGAUUACGUGGCUCUUACAGAAAAAAUUAAUAACGCUAAAUAUGUUCAUUUAUCAGAGGAAAACGAAGUAGUUAAUAUGGUAAUAAAUGAAAAUCAGAAACUUGUCAGCAGUGUACAAAUAUAUGCGACGACGGAACCCUCUAUUAGCUUAACAUUUGAACCGGACUGUACUCUUAAAGACAAAUGUUUGUAUAACCACAAGCCAUUGCAAGUUAUUGGCACACUAAUUCUCAAAUCACUUCCUGAGAGUGGCAAAAGUGAAUAUAAGGUUAAAAUUGGACCGGUCUCGAUAGCUGAAAAAUUAACGUUACACGUAGAAGCAAUAGCCCAAUGUGAUUGUGAGAAGCCAGAUCAGGGUGAGAAGGAUUCCGAUUUAUGCAGUAACGCUGGGACAUACCAAUGUGGCAUUUGUCUCUGCAACAAAAAUAGAUACGGAGAUAUUUGUAAUUUUACCGGAACUUGUGUAAAUGAUCCAGAAAAAUGUAAAGCAAAUUCUAAUGAUCCAAAGCCUUGCAGUAAUCGCGGCAUCUGCAGGUGUGACAAGUGCGAAUGUCCCGUGGGAUUUUCUGGCAAUUUCUGUGAAUUUGACGACAAUUCGUGUAAACGGCCUGGCGGUAUGCUCUGUUCAGGGAAUGGGAGGUGUGAAUUUGGCAUGUGCCAAUGCAAUGAGGGCUGGAGCCCUGAUGACUGCCGCUGCCCUAUCAGUAACAUCAGCUGCAUAGCACCCCACUCUAAAGAGCUAUGUUCCGGACAAGGAGACUGCGUUUGCGGCCGGUGUGUAUGCAAUUCAACAAACACCGGCGUAUAUUGCGUCGGUUUAUACUGUGACGAGUGCGUGGAAUCCAUCCCGGAGCGAUGCCUGGAGUUAGAGGACUAUGCGUAUUGUAACUUGAAAAAUAACAAGACGGUCUGCGAUGAAAAAUAUAACUUCACAGACACUGACGCCAUUCUUGUUAACAAGACAGCAAUAUAUUCGGAUAUAUAUUACAUGGCAAAGAUGUGGUGCAGGAAAAUACUAGAAGACGGACAGAUACUUGUGUUCAGAUAUCAUUAUCCACAAUCAGGGACUAAUAGCACUUUGCGUUUGAUAAUUCAAGAUGAGCUGGAUGUUACACCCGCCGAUGAUGUGUGGGUUGUGGUUGGCAGUGUCAUAGGGGCGGUGUUGUUAAUAGGAAUUUUGACAUUAGUCGCUUGGAAAAUCCUUGUUGACCUGCACGAUAAAAGAGAAUACGAAAAGUUCAAGAAGAGUACCACACACACAGAUGGUCAAUAUGACGAAUCAUCGAACCCUCUGUACCAGUCGCCUGCCAUGAGCUUUUCCAAUCCAGCAUAUAACUGUGGUUAACUAUUGAAAACUGUCAGCGGGGUUGGUAGAAAAUUAUUACGAAGAUCAUCAAGCAGGGCAUAAAAACUGAUUAAAUAAGUUAAGUUGAGCUACAUUCUGAGAAUAAAUCAAUA